AUGACCCGAAAACUGCUGCACGAAGGGCUUGGGUGCCCGUGCGCCCACCAUGGGUCUCCCGGCCACUGUCCAUGCCACCCCGACACCACCUGGCUGAAAAAUGGCGAGUGCCCUAAAUGCCCCGUGUACGCAUGUGGAGAGUGCGACCCCCUUAAGUGCGACGAGUGCAAGAGGUGCUGCGACGACACUGUCCUAUCGGACGACAGGAAGACGUGUUCCUGUCCGUCCUGUGACAUCACUGGAUGCCUGGAGUGCGACGCCACGGACUGCUCCAAGUGCCUGGUCUGCCAGCACGGUUUCAAGCUGGGGGCGGACAGGAAGUGCGAGUGCGCGACCUGCCACGUGCCUUACUGCGAGACCUGCGAGCCGGACAACUGCUACAAGUGCAAGACGUGCUUCCCCUUCCUCACCCUGGGCAACGGCGGCAAGGCCUGCGAGUGCCCCGAGUGCGCCGUGAGCGGCUGCGAGAUAUGCAACCCGGAGAAGUGCGACGAGUGCUCAGUCUGCGCUGUGGGGGAACUGCCAGACUGCACGUCCGUGGGCGCAGAGUGCGACAUCCACCGUUGCGUAGCGUGUGAAUACGACGGCAGUUGCAGGGAGUGCGAGUACGGGUACGAGCUUGUGAACUACAACCAGGAGUGCAAGUGCAAGGAGUGCGCGGUGCCAAACUGCCAGGAGUGCGACCCCUGGGACUGCGACACCUGCUGGGUGUGCAACCCGGGGUACACGCUGGUGCCGUCCUACAUCCCGGAUGCGCCCCCCACGUGCGAGUGCUCCAACUGCACGGCCCCGCACUGCGCCGUCUGCGACGAGAGCGACUGCGGCAAGUGCAAAGAGUGCGACGUGGAGUUCAAGAACGUGGACGGCGUCUGCACCACGGAGGUCUGCAAGGUUCCGGGGUGCAUCAAGUGCAGCCCCGACGACCCGAACAUCUGUGUCGUGUGCGCGGACGACCACAACCUGGAUUACGACGGCCAGUGCCCGUGCGCCAGUUGCGGCGCUCCCAACUGCGACAGCUGCAGCCCCGACGACUGCGGCUCCUGCGACGUCUGCUCCGAGGGCUACGUGCUCGACGAGUACAGCGGCGACUGCGUGUGCGAGAAGUGCGACAUCCCGCACUGUACCAAGUGCAACCCCAACAACUGCAGCGUUUGCCAGUCUUGCGAGGAGUACUACGGCCCCCCCGGCUACGACCAAUGCCCCGUGGAGUCCUGUCAGGUGGAACACUGCAUUGAAUGCGACACUACGGACAUCUACGUCUGCACAACAUGCGAAGAACCCCACGUGCCAAGCGGGGACGGCAAGGAGUGCGUGUGGCCGCCCGAUGAGUGCACCAUCCCUCACUGCGUGACUUGCAGCGACUAUGACAAAUCCGUGUGCGUUGAGUGCGAGCCCCCGCUGUAUCCGGAUCCCUCACAGUACGGAAAGGUGUGCGAGUGCCAGCACUGCGACUACAUCCAGGGAUGUGAAAAGUGCGACCCGGAGGACUGCUCCACGUGCCUGAAGUGCAAGGAGGGCCUCGUCCUCAGCGACGACAAGAAGAGCU